AUGGCUUCCGCUGCCCGCUCUGCUUCUCGUCUCCUUCGCUCUGCUCCGGCCUCCUUCCGUCCGGCGGCUCGCAGUGCCCGCUUCGCUCUUCCCGCGCAGGGUGUCCGUGUCGCGGCCCGUCGUGGAUAUGCCUCCGAGGCCGGCUCGGGCAAGUCGUCUGGUGGCUCCGGCGCGAUCUGGGGUAUCGGUCUGGCCGCCGCUGGUGGUGCCGGACUGUACUUCUACCUGAACGGUGAAUCCACGCCCAAGGGUCCCUUCGUCCCUACCAAGGAGGACUACCAGAAGGUGUACGACGAGGUCGCUAAGCUUCUGGCCGCUGAGACCGACUAUGAUGAUGGCAGCUACGGUCCGGUUCUCGUCCGCCUGGCCUGGCACGCCAGCGGCACUUAUGACAAGGAGACCGGCACCGGUGGCAGCAACGGCGCCACCAUGCGAUUCGCACCCGAGUCGGACCACGGCGCCAAUGCCGGUCUGAAGAUCGCCCGCGAGUUCCUCGAGCCCGUCAAGGCCAAGUUCCCCUGGAUCACCUACUCGGACCUGUGGACUCUGGGCGGUGCCUGCGCCAUCCAGGAGCUGGGCGGUCCCCAGAUCCCCUGGAGACCCGGCCGUGAGGACAAGGACGUGGCCGCCUGCACGCCGGACGGCCGUCUGCCCGAUGCCGCCCAGGGCCAGCGCCACAUCCGCGACAUCUUCGGGCGCAUGGGCUUCGACGAUCGCGAGAUGGUCGCUCUGAUCGGAGCGCACGCCCUGGGCCGCGCCCACACCGACCGAUCCGGCUUCGAUGGUCCCUGGCAGUUCAGCCCCACGUCCUUCAGCAACGAGUUCUUCCGUCUUCUUGUUGAGGAGAAGUGGAACAAGAAGAAGUGGAACGGCCCCGUUCAGUUCACCGACAAGUCGACUUCCACCCUGAUGAUGCUGCCCGCCGACAUGGCACUGGUCAACGACCGCACUUUCAAGAAGCACGUCGAGCGCUAUGCGAAGGACAACGAUGCCUUCUUCAAGGAGUUCUCCGAUGUCUUUGUCAAGCUGCUCGAGCUGGGCGUGCCGUUUCAGACCGAGGACCGCUUCGUCUUCAAGACUUCCGAGUAG